CGAACUCGUUAGAUGCAGGCUGCUGAGUGCAUCCGGGUCAAGGCAUGACCUCACUUACCGACCCGAAAUUAGAAAAUGGCGGAGCCUUCCCUCGGAUGCUCGAGCCCAGGUGGUUCAGCAGGCUCAGAAGACCAUGAUUUUGAUCCAUCUGUUGAUAUGCUUGUGCAUGAUUUUGAUGAUGAACGAACACUUGAGGAAGAGGAAAUGAUGGAAGGUGACAACAGUUUCAGCUCUGAAAUUGCAGAUCUUGCAAGGGAAGGUGAAAUGCCAAUCCAAGAUUUAUUAAAUUUGUAUGGUUAUGGGAAGACUGUUCCAUUUCCUGGUGAGGAAGACGAGGAUGACGACGACGAUGAUGAUGAAGAUGAUGAAGCAGAGGAGGAGGAUGAUGGAGAUGAUGGAGAUAAUGAGGAAAAUAGUGGAAGUAGUGAAGUUCCAGAGACCGAGGAUCUACCAGAUGUACAUCUACAUCAGCAAGAAAUACCAAAGAACUCAAGUGGACAAGAUGAUGAAACCCAGUCUUCUAAUGAUGACCUUGCACCUUUGACUACCUCUCAAGAUGUGCAAGAGAUGAUCCGACCACGCAGAUGUAAAUACUUAGACAUAGGUAAUGAAGGGGAAGAAGAAUCUGAUGAUGAUGAAGAUUACAUACCAUCAGAAGAUUGGAAAAAGGAGAUCAUGGUAGGCUCGCAAUACCAGGCUGAUGUUCCUACAGGCAUUUAUAAUUACAAAGAGAAUGAGAAAGUAUAUGAGAAUGAAGACCAGUUGUUGUGGAAUCCUGAUUUUCUGCCUGAGAAUAAAGUGGUGGAAUUUCUUUGUGAUGCUAGUAAGCGCACGGGUGAGGAGAAAGGAUUGGAUGCAAUACCGGAAGGCUCGCACAUAAAAGACAAUGAACAGGCCUUGUAUGAGUUGGUUAAAUGCAACUUUGAUACAGAAGAAGCAUUGCGAAGAUUGAGGUUUAAUGUAAAAGCAGCCAGAGAAGAGCUCUCAAUUUGGAGUGAAGAAGAAUGUAGGAAUUUUGAACAGGGACUUAAGGCAUAUGGAAAAGAUUUUCAUCUGAUCCAGGCUAACAAGGUGAGAACACGGUCAGUAGGGGAUUGUGUAGCAUUUUAUUACAUGUGGAAGAAGUCUGAGCGUUAUGAUUUUUUUGCACAGCAGACUAGAUUUGGAAAAAAGAAAUACAAUCUUCAUCCAGGUGUUACGGAUUAUAUGGACCGUCUCCUGGAUGAAACAGAGAGCACAGCUUCAAGUUGUGCACCUUCUCCACCUCCAACCACUUCAACCAGUAGCAGUAGCCAGACAGAGAGAGAAGAUACUGGUGCAAUAGGAAAUAUGAAUGGAAAACUACAAGAUUUAAAGAAAAGGACUUUUGUGCGAUUAAUAGUAUCCUUAUUCAGUUGGAGUCUGUGUUUGGUUCAAGCCCAAGCCCAUCCCUGAUAACUUGAACAAAAAAUGAGAAAUGUCUGAGGAUUACUGUGUGAAAUUGAUUGAAUAUGGCAGAAGAUCUUGGAGACGUUAAACUUUACAGUAUGCAAAUAGAAUUAGUAGAAAUCAUUUUUUUGACAGAACUUAUUGUUUGAGUACUUAUUUGAUAGAGGUAUAUCUUGAAAAUACAAAAUAAAUGUGUCUGUAGCCCAAGAUACCUGGUUCUUGACUCUCAGCACUGUCGUCAGGAAGUGUAUUUUCUUGGUAACCGAGACAUUUUUACUGUUACAACCUAAAGUAAGACAUUCUCACGUAUUAAAAUCACAAGGAAUAACAUUGGUGUAAUAGCAAGUCACCAGAAUAUAUCAUUCUAAUAUAGACCACAUUGUUGAAUAGGAUAUAUUUUUCCAUAUAAUUGGUGGUAUCACAUACAGAAAGUAGUGGUAGGUUCAGUUUUGUAUACUGGGUAAUCUGGUUUCCAGGAGAAAGUGAGGUCUGCAGAUGCUGGAGAUCAAAGUUGAAACUUUAUUGCUGGAACAGCACGGCAGCAUCCAGGGAAUCUGGUUUCCAUGCAAACUUUUCUAAAUAUUUGAAUGACUAUUGGUUUAAUUGUGAGAUUGGGUAGAAGGCAUUUUAUCACAUGCAGUGGUUAGUACUGCUACCUCAGUGCCAGGGACCUAGGUUCAAAUCCAGCUUUGGAUGACUUGUGGAGAUGCAUGUUCUUUGAGCGUUUCCGCUCUGUGUUGUGUUCCUCACAUCGUCCGAUGUGGAUUGGUCGUGCCAAACUGCCCUGGAGUGUCCAGGGAAGCACAGGCUGGGUGGAUUAAUCAUUAGACAUGUGGAGUUGGAUGCUCUGCGGAGG